UCGCGUGGACAUAAAAUCAAUGAGCCACUAUACAAAGCAUAAGAAAAACGCAUAAAAGCAAGUUGCAAUUUGGUGAAAAGGAGAGCGGAAACAAUUUCGUUGCCGUUGCCGUUACUGUUACAGUGAAACCCCCCGGUGAAUUAAUUCAAUAAACCUAUUUAUCUGGGGCCGGAACGAGGCCAGCAACGGGACGGGGGAACGGGAACGGUAACUGGGAAUAAACACAUUUCGCAUAGAAUGCGAAAAACUUUAGCAGCCAAGACGGCGCAGUGCAAUCAGAAUCAGAAUCUGAAUCAGACUCAGUGCCAUAGUCAGCGCCUCAGCUAGAGGCAAAGGCCAUCGCCAUCGCCAGCGCCAUCAUCCAACGUGCCGAGUUCUUGGGAAACGAUGCUGGUACCGCAAACGAGUCCCCAAUGGCGGCAGACGGGCAAUGAGCAUACAAAAGACGCUGCGAGUGUCACUGCUGCUAGAAACUGUGCCACGGGGACUGCCACCGCAAAAACAUUAACAACAACAACAGCAACAUCAGCCAAGCCCAGGACAAUUGGAGAGGCAGCAGCAGCAACAAGAAGCGGAGAAGGCAACCAGCUGACAACUGCUAAGAUGAAGACAUCCGUGCCAGCCACUGGCCAUUGCCAACGUCAUCGGCGCCAAUUUUCACGCACGAACAAGGCGAUGACUUGGCAGCGUGUCUGGCUGCCGCUUCUAAUCCUCACGCUGUCGUCUGUUGUCAACUUUGGGGCGUACCUUGUCACCUGCAGCUCAGUGUUGGCGGAGAGCGGAGCGGAGUCAGAGGCAGAACCACAGCCAGCACCGCUAACGACACACCCGAGAUCCACUUUGCCAGAUAGGCCAAUGACAACACAAAACGAUCUAAUUAGGACAGCCCCAAACUCAACAACAGCCAAAAUGCCAACAACCACAACAACAGCAGCAACAACAACAUCAGUCAGAGGCGCAACGACAACAAGUUCGGUUGAAAGUACGGUUGGCAGCAUGGGCACGUCAUCAACAGCCCCAACGAUAAUAACGCUGCCAGCAGGUACCGAGCUCGCACAAAUUCGGGCAACUAUGGAGUCUACCACCGGGUUGGCGGCUGUUGCUGCAAAGCAAACAGCGACAGCGACAGCAACAGCAACUACAACGACAGCAGCAAGCACAAUACAAACGAUGUUCAUAUCAACAAUUUAUCCGGCCUCAGCGACAGACCAACAACAACGGGGCACAGACCUUAGUCCACAAACAGCAGCAGCAGCAGCAGCAGCAGACGAGGCAGUACCAACGCCUGCAGCAGUGGUGCAUGUGGCACCGGCAAUGGCGUCCGCGGGGACGGAAACGGAUGCGCACAACUCCAUUCAAACGGUAACGUUGCUAACUUCGGGCGAGCGGCAGGCGCCACAGGAUGAAAACGAAGUGGAAGGGGAGGAGUCGGUAUUGCUGCUGCCGCAUCCGCAAAUGUAUCCGGCCAACGCUGAUUCACUGACUAAGGGUUUCUCCAUACCCACAUUCCUGCCACCAUUUCCCGUAUUCGCGGCCGCAGAUCUGCCCGCCUACCGUGCUGCAGCAGCUGCCGCCGAAGCUGCCGAAGCUGCUGCAGCCGCCGCCGCCGCAGCUGCAGCAGAGGCAUCAUCCGUGGCGAGCGAGACUGUGACAUUGUCACCGGAGCAACAGCGUCAACAAAUGUUUAAUGAGCAGCACUCGUACCUGGCGGCCCACAGGGAUGGCCAGCAGACGCGCAGGAAUCUGACAAUGCCAGUGCUAAACAUCACAGCUCAAAUGGGAAAUCACGCCUACAUGCCCUGCCAGAUACAUCGCCUGUCGGAUAAGCCUGUGUCUUGGGUGCGUAUACGUGAUGGGCACAUCAUCAGUGUGGACGAGAGCACAUUCAUAGCCGACGAGCGCUUUCAGUCCAUCUACCAGGAGGAUCGAGACUACACCUGGUCGCUGCAAAUCAAAUACGUUUCAGCACUGGAUGCGGGCUGGUAUGAAUGCCAAAUGGCCACAGAGCCCAAACUGAGCGCCAAAGUGCAUCUGGAAGUAAUCACGCCCAAGACUGAGCUUAUAGGCGAUCAGAGUCGCUUUGUCAAGGCGGGCAGCAAAGUUGCGCUGCACUGCAUUGUGCGCGGCACUGUGGAUCCGCCCAAGUACAUCAUUUGGUUUCGCGGCCAGAAGAAGAUCGCCGAGAGCUCCGACGAGCCCAACGGCUGGUACACACAGAUCGAUCGCAAUAUCUUUGGCUCUGUAGGCGAUAAUCAAAAUACCAUCGGCUCUUUAAUUAUUCCAUUUGUGCGCAAGGAGGACUCCGGCAAUUAUACGUGCCAGCCCUCAAACAGCGUCUCCGUCUCCGUUGACCUGCACGUACUGAGCGGUGAAUACUCGGCAUCGGCCAUCAUGUCAGCGGCUUCGAAGUCAACGCAUUGCAGCACGUUGCUCUUGAUGCUGCUGCUGCUGAUGCUGCCCCUAGGGCGGCAGACGUGACUUCUGACGUGACUUGCUUAUUGAGCGACGACCCACGCACGGACUUCAAUUAUUUGUAAGCUUUGCGCGCUGUAAGCAGUUAUACAAUUUAGGUUAGAGAUUAAUUAAAGGCGCCAUUGUAAAUACUAAACGGGCGCUGCAGCAGUUUCUAUAAUUAAGUUAAAAGUUAACCCACACACACACACACACACAGGCACAUACACACACGCAUGUGUCAAUAGCAUUAGACGCAACGCAAUUCGCGCUUUAUGGAUUUGAAAUAUGCUAAUUAUUUGCUAGCACUCAUAGCAACUUAUACAUAUGUGCAUUUGUAUGUGUUUGUGCGUAUGUGUGUGUUGGAAUUUUUCGAUGACAAAAAUGCUAAAACACGUUGUGAAACAAAUCAAUAAUUAGAUUAUUGUCAGCCAACAGAAUUUAAAUUUAAUUCAAUAAAUUA